CUUCUUGAUCCAGGCAUGCCUAAACUUAAUUUCAACGUCAGAAAAUGGAGGCUUUCAGAUUUUGCAGUUUGUAUAUUUCAGGCCACAUUCAAAAAACCAUACAACAUCCUCUUUCUGGUUCUCCAGAGCCUCCAGAUCAACCAAAGGCUUUAGAAAACACUGUCGUCUGGAAACAAACGCAGCCUCCUGCCAGUUUGCCUCCUGGUCUGGAGUACCUAAGCCAGUUGGACCGGAUCAUUAUUCACCAGCAAGUGGAGCUUCUCCAAGUUAUCCUCGGGACUGAGACCUGCAGCAAGUAUGAGAUAAAAAACCACCUGGGACAAAGAGUUUACUUCGCAGUGGAAGAAAAUGGCUGCUUUGACCGUAACUUCUGCUCACCAUUGAGGUCUUUCACCAUAAGGAUUACAGACAACACAGGCCAAGAGGUGAUCACAGUGAAUAGACCUUUAAGGUGUAAUAGCUGCUGGUUUCCAUGUUACCUGCAAGAGUUAGAAGUCCAGUCUCCUCCUGGGACUACAGUUGGCUAUGUGGUACAGAAAUGGGAUCCUCUCCUGCCCAAGUUCACUAUCAGGAAUGAGAGCAAUGAAGAUGUGCUGAAGAUCAUAGGCCCUUGUGCAACUUGCGGUUGUUUUGGCGAUGUUGACUUUGAGGUAAAAUCUCUAAAUGGAAUGUUGACCAUUGGCAAGAUUUCCAAGUAUUGGUCUGGAUUUGUCAAUAACAUCUUUACUAAUACAGCCAACUUUGGUAUUCAGGUUCCUGUAGAUCUUGAUGUAAAAAUCAAGGCUGUAAUGAUUGGUGCUUGUUUUCUCUUAGACUUAAUGUUCUUUGAAAACUCCUUGGAUGGAUUGUAACAGGGAAGAUGAUAGGAACAAUAAAAUAUGCAAGCUACAUUUCACAGUCCCUUGAGCUCUGGAUAUUACUUUUGAACUGCAGAAUUCUAUGGCUUCCUUGCGGUCUUUUUGCAAGAGGAUAAAGGGAAUGACCAUGUUUAUUAAACUAUAAAUAAUGCAAAUAAUGAUUUUCUCAUUUUAAUUUGCACAGAUGGUUGUUAAACAUACACUUUACAGAGAAAAAGAGGGAGUGCACACAACAUUGCUUUGGCAUAUUGAAAUUCUCUCAUUUGAUGUCUUUGUGUCAGAAAGCAUGAAAGAUUAGAACUAAGGCGUGUCGUCCCACCGAUGAAAAGUCUUUACUUAUAGAGCCCUUUGAAAUUUGGGGAGACUUGGCACCAGCUAUUAACCAAAAAGAAAAAGGAGGAUUGUUGUUAUAUCCCAAUAAGCUUUCAGCUUUAGAGUUCAGUUAACAGAAACUAAUAGAUUAAACACCAUCCACUGGGAAACCUAAAGAGAUGUCUGAAGGGAUGCUUGCAGGUGAUGGCGUUAAUUGUUCAGAUUUAAGAUAUACUUAAAUAACAUAGUUAAAAUUUAUAGCCUCACUGAUGGCAAUUGCCUGUUUCCUGUAAUAGGUGAUGGAUCAGAGCGUAUCAAACCAAACCCUUUGAAAUGCAUAUGGUGUGAUUGAUUUUAAAGUUGUGAUUGAUUUUAAAGAUCUUUGUGCCUGAACAGGAGAUUGAAGAACUGAGCAAGUAUCGGUAACAAGAGACAGAAUUCUAGGACUUAUUAACUGUUGAGUUAAAAUUUAUCAAAGUGCUUUGUUUUCACCAGAUAACUCUUAAAGAACUCAAAUGCAAAAUUUCUGGGCUUCUUACAAAAAUACAUAACUUGUCCCUAAGAUUGUCUCCUAUCUGUACCAGAGGACUGGGAAAAAAGCCACUGUAACAGUGAUUUAAAAACGGGGAUCCAGAGGAUAUCCAGGGGAAAUUAGAGACCAAUUAUCAUAAUAUCUGUUCUAAGGAAAUUGGUCAAAAGCAUUGCUAAAGGUAUCAAGUAUGUAGAAAAAGAAGUAUAGUUGAAGAAGGAUCAACAUGCUUUCUGCAAAUGGUUAGCUAGAGUUCUUUGAGAGUAACAUUAAACAUGUAUGGAUAGGACUGAUCUGGUAGACAUUGUGUACCUAGACUUUUAAAAACUUUUGAUAAAGUCUUUCAUUAAAAGCU